AUGGCUACAACACCACUGGCCGACGGCCAGGCAGUCUCGCUUGCCCAAGCCUCCCACUUGCUCGGCGCCUUUGUCAACUUCCUGACCGUGUGCGUCCACAACAUCCUCUACUACCGCGCCAUCUACCCCCAAGAGUCCUUCCUCACAACCAGGGCCUACAACCUACCAGUCCAUCAGUCCCGCCACCCAAAGGUCUGCGACUGGGUCCGCGAUGCCCUGGACGCCGUCAAGGCCCAACUGGUCCUGGGCACCGUAGAGCGCCUCGCCGUCGUCAUCUACGACUCAGACUCCCGCGUCAUGGAGCGCUGGAUGUUUGACCUCGCCACCUUCCCGGCCUGGACCGGUGUCAAAGACCUCCGCACGUCUCGCAGCAGCGAUGCCGCUGCCGAGCCAGAGGACAGCAGGCUCAACUGGACCGACAUUGACGAGCAGCUGCGGGCCGCCGUGCGCAGACUGGCCUAUGCUGGGGAGAAGAUGGGGCCCCUGCCAGACGGCUGUACUUUUACCAUUGCCGUAGAGCUCCACGAGCAAAGUGAAGCUCCGAUUGGUCAUCCGCAGCCGUGGAUUCCAACACUGCCAAGCCUGCAGACACCAUCAAAGACGCGUCAACGGCCCGGUGCCGACGUCGGCGGAGCCAGGACGACCCCUGUCCGCUCUGUCGAAGCUGGGCCGCUGUUCUUUGAAUGCUGGAUCGAAGAGGGCAAGGCCAAAUUCGAGCCGAAGCACGGUGAACUGUCAUCUUCAGGCGAGCCAGUGUCUUCUGGUGAUUGA